AAGAAGGUUUCCUCAUAGAUCCUUCUUGUAUGUAUAUGACAUUAACAUGAAAAAAAGAUACAUAUAUAUAUAUAUAUAUAUGUGUGUGUGUCUUAUAAGCCCCCCAUUGUAUUCACUAAAUCACAAGUGCUGUUUAUCUCCGCGCUAA